CGUCUUCUCAGGAGUCCGUGCCAGCCAGAGCGUUUCUAGUGUUUGGGGACUCCCUGGUUGACAGUGGGAAUAAUAACUACUUAAUGACGACGGCACGUGCGGAUUCGCCGCCCAACGGCAUAGACUAUCCCCACCAGCAACCCACGGGCCGCUUCUCCAAUGGCCUCAACUUCCCUGACCUCAUUGCGGAGGCGCUUGGGUUGGAGUCACCGCUUCCGUUCUUAAAUCCGGAUCUUAAGGGAAAGAAACUACUGGCUGGCGCCAACUUUGCCUCUGCUGGGAUCGGAGUCCUCAAUGACACCGGCUUUCAGGUUACGGUGUUGAAGAUGUACGAGCAACUGGGGAUGUUCCUGGAGUACAAGCACCGGCUGGCGGCGCUGAUGGGCCCGGCCAAGGCCCAAGAGGUGGUGAGCAACGCCGUGAUCCUCAUAACCUGCGGCGGGAACGACUUCGUGAACAACUACUUCCUUACCCCGGUGGCUCCCCGGCGGGAGCAGUACACCCUCCCGGAUUUCUGCGGCUACGUGAUGUCGGAGUACAAGAAGCACCUCCUGGCGCUCUACGGGCUGGGCGCCAGGAGGAUCGUGGUGACGGGAACGGGCCCGCUGGGCUGCAUACCGGCCGAGCUCGCCUUCUACGGGAGCAUGAACGGCGAGUGCGCCGACGAGCCCCAGGAGGCGGCCAAGAUGUUCAACCCCAAGCUGUUCGACCUGGUGGACGAGCUCAACAGGGAUAUCGGCGAGGACGUCUUCAUCUCCGCCAACGCCUUCUCCUUGAAGAUGGACAUGAUCGAAAAGCCGGAGCAAUACGGUUUUAAGACGUCGAAGGUAGCUUGCUGCGGGCAGGGGAUGUACAACGGGCUGGGGAUGUGCACAGAGAUGUCGAACCUGUGCAGCAAUAGGGACGAGUACGUUUUCUGGGACCCGUACCACCCCACGGAGAAGGCGCUGCGGAUCAUGGUGAAGAAGCUGAUGGAUGCUUCGACAGACCACAUCCGACCCAUGAACCUGAGCACCAUGAUGGCUGUUGAUGCUGUUGCAGCUGCUGAUAGAGCCAUUUAUUAAUUAAUUAAUUAUCAACUGGUCGCUAUAGCUGGUUAAGGACAUUAAUUAUGUUGGUAUUGCAUGAAUUGCUUUCCUGCUUUUGGUAACUGACGUGGACCUUGAGCUCCAGUUUGGUUAUGUGGUGGUGUUGUUAUGAAGAAGGAGAAGACUAUAAUCCAGUCUAAUUAUAUAUGUUUUUGACAUUGG